CCCUGCAUGCUUGCUUCAGCACCCCCUCCGCCUCGCCCCUCUCACCCCGAACUCUCUCUCUCUCUCUCUCUCUCUCUCCCCUCCCCUUCUCGACGCCCUGUGCUUGAAGGCCCUUGGUUGGCGCUGUGGACAAAGAACUCGACUUCGACUUCGACUUCGACCUCGACGCGAGACAUAGGCUUGCUGCAGAUAAGGUGGUGUCAUUUUGCCUAUAACUGCAGCGACUGUGGAGAGAGCGAAGAAGGCGAUGGUGUUGACGGCAAGGGUAGCGGCUGUGUUGGGGGCGAAUUCGGGAGCAGCGUUGUCUCCAGUCCAGCGCUGCUGGGUGACUUGCAGCGAUAGGGGCCCGUCUGGAGUCUUUUCAGUUGGUGGUGGUCGGAAACGCAACAGAGUGAUGCUGCUUUCAGUUGGACGAGGGCCUUGCCGCGCAGGAGUGGACGGGAGGAGGUUGACGCAUACCCCAACCCUUCCAUCGCAAACUGAGUCGAGAGCGGUCGCGGCUGUGGGGCACGUCGUCUCCGUUGCGAGAAGAGGAGCUGUGCAUCCACCGAGGUGCUCUGCAUCCUCUUGCGCACAGCCGGUGUCGUUCAGCUCGACUGGUCGAGCAGGCGGUCCGAGCGCCUUCCGGGGUAAUGCGGGGGUGUCGAUCGUAAGCAGAGCGAUGGGAGCAGCUGGAGGCGGCGGGCGCUUCAUGGAUGCGAGCGCGGGGCAAGCAUCGUCGCAACAAGGCGUGGCUGUGCAGAAGAGCGAGGAUGAAUGGCGUGCGGUCCUUUCUCCGGAGCAGUUUCGCAUUCUGAGGAAAAAAGGCACGGAGUACCCGGGCACCGGCAAAUACAACAAGUUUUAUGAGGAAGGGGUAUACGAGUGUGCGGGGUGUGGAACGCCGCUCUACAAGUCCACUACCAAGUUCGAUUCCGGCUGCGGCUGGCCCGCCUUCUACGAAGGCUUGCCCGGCGCCAUCAAUCGGACGGUCGAUGCGGAUGGUUAUCGGAUCGAGAUCACAUGCGCCGCAUGUGGGGGUCAUCUCGGACAUGUUUUCAAGGGGGAAGGGUUCCCAACGCCGACGAACGAAAGGCACUGUGUGAAUAGCAUUUCGCUCACUUUCAAGGCUCCGACAGAGAGUGGGGAUGACUCCAAAUGAAAUGUAAGGGGGUGUAAAUCAAACUAGAGGGGCUCUGUGCCGUGGUGUCCCCUGCUUCUUCCCUCAAGGUCUAGCAGCUGCAAGGCGCAUAGAUAGUCGAUCUGAGACGAGGGGAACUAGAUGUAGUGGGGCGGAAAGACCAACAUGAUGCUAGCUCUUCCCCAACCUCCUCAGACAUCCCAUUGUAUAUUAUCUUCUUUCUACGUGUGUGUGUGUGAGUGUGUGUGUGUGAGUGUGUGUGUGUGAGUGUGUGUGUGUGUGUGUGUGUGUGAGUGUGUGUGUGUGAGUGUGUGUGUGUGUGU